AUGGCCACCCUCAACCCGUUCGAACUCCUCGGCGCCGACGACAACGACGACCCCUCGCAGCUGAUUGCCGCCGCGGAGGCGGCGGCUCAGAAAGCCGAGGCGAAGAAGUCCGCCGCAGCGCCUGCUGGGAAGGCUGCCCAGCCUGCGGCGGCCGCCAAGUUCCCGACCAAGCACGCUCCCCCCUCGCAGACUGUGAGAGAUUCCCGCGGUGGUGGUGCAUCAGCUCGUGGAGGCUUUAACCGUGGUGAACGCGGCCGUGGUAGAGGUGGACGGGGAUAUGGCCAGAACCGUGACUUCAGUGGGGACAAUGCCAAUGACUUCCAGGGAGGUUAUGGUGGUGGAGGCUAUGGUGGCGGAGGCUAUGGGGAUGGUGCUGUAACUGGUGGAGCUGAAGGGGAAAGGGAGAGAGGCCCUCGUCCCCCUUACCGCGGUGGAGGCAGACGUGGUGGUUACAGGAAUGGUGAGUUUGGUGAUGAUUCUGAGAGGCCACCACGGAGAAACUAUGAGCGCCACAGCGGGACUGGCCGUGGCUAUGAGAUGAAGCGUGAUGGCGCAGGACGUGGGAACUGGGGCACUGCCACUGAUGAGGUUCUUGCCCAGGAAACAGAGGAAGCUCUGAAGGUGGAGGAGGGUGCUCCUGUUGCUGAGAGACAGGGUGAGCAGAAUGAUGCCCCAGCAGCGGAUGAGAACAAAGAUAACAAGGAUGCUGCUGCAAAUGAGGAGGAAGAAAAGGAAGAGGACAAGGAGAUGACUUUGGAGGAAUUUGAGAAAAUAAGAGAGGAGAAGAGGAAAGCACUACUUGCUUUGAAGGCUGAAGAGAGGAAAGUGGAAGUUGAUAAGGAUCUGCAGUCUCUGCAGCCACUUUCAAAUAAGAAAGAAAAUGAUGAAGUGUUCAUUAAGCUGGGUUCUGACAAGGAUAAGAAGAAGGAAAGUGCUGAGCGUGCCAAGAAGUUGGUGAGCAUCAAUGAGUUCCUGAAACCUGCUGAAGGAGAAAGGUACUAUGGUGGCCGUGGUCGUGGAAGGGGCCGUGGUGAGCGUGGUGGUUUUAGAGGCGGAUACGGAGGGGGAUACAAUCGUGGCCCAGCUGCUGCCCCAUCCAUUGAAGAUCAAGCUCAAUUCCCAAGCCUUGGUGGGAAGUGA